CAACUAGUUUAUUUAACAUCAUAAUAAACCUAGAGAUUCGAGCUUAUCUUUUGACAUUAUUAAUUUACUAGUGACUACGGUGUUGGUUGAGGUAAAGACCAAGAAUAAAUACGACUUUCAUCAUCAUCAUCUUCUUCACCACAAUAAAACCCAUUGCAGCAUAUUCACACACACACUCUCGGAAACCCUAAGCACCAUGUCCGGUGGAAUUGCUCGCGGCCGUCUCACCGAGGAACGCAAAGCAUGGCGCAAGAAUCAUCCUCAUGGUUUUGUGGCGAAACCGGAGACUCUACCUGGCGGUACGGUUAAUUUGAUGAUUUGGAGUUGUAUCAUCCCUGGUAAGAAUGGGACCGACUGGGAGGGCGGUUUUUACCCCCUUACCCUCCACUUCACCGAGGAUUAUCCGAGCAAACCACCAAAGUGUAAAUUCCCUCAAGGCUUCUUCCACCCCAAUGUUUACCCUUCUGGGACCGUUUGUUUGUCCAUCCUUAACGAAGAUAGUGGUUGGAGGCCAGCAAUAACAGUUAAACAAAUUCUAGUUGGCAUCCAGGACUUGCUGGAUUCCCCCAAUCCCGCUGAUCCCGCCCAGACUGAUGGAUAUCAUCUCUUUAUCCAGGACACGGUGGAGUACAAGAGACGGGUCCGCCAGCAAGCAAAGCAAUACCCAGCACUCGUGUAGCUGCUGCAACCGACUGUUUGGACUAUUUUUAUGUAGACUAUGUUGAUGAAUGUUUGACGAUACUCUUUACCCUUGGAUUUGACUAUUUUCAUAUUCGAAAAAAGGUUACCCAGCUGAUGGAAGAUGUUAGUUGAUGAUUGCCAAUUGAUAAAGGCGCGAAACCUUUGUUUUGUUUGUGGUGUGGUUGUUAUAACUUAUAUGAUAGUAUGAUACUGAUUCAACAUGGGUUUUCAAUUUGUAUGGUUAAUCAUGUGAAAUGUAGACCCAAUCGUGUUUGGAUCCCUGCAACUAGUUAUGGGGUAAAGUUUUCUUGAAUAAUGCAACUGCAGUUUGUUUAUGGCUUCAA